CAAUGUCUGCCCUCUGUUAGCGAUGUGUAGAAGUUGCAUUUCAUUCUAGGAUUUUUAGGGGGCUCCAUAAGUCAACUACAGAUCGCAAUGGUAUUUAAAGCACUUGGUUUUGUGGUUAAAUGUUAUCACUAACCUAAGAUUAAAAUGUUAACGUAAACGGAUACGUAGUAAAAUAUCAACGUAAAUAUUUAUUUGUAUAUUUAUUUAUAUCAUUUGAGCAUUUAACUAUUUACGUUAUUUAAAUUGCCAAAUCCAAAUGCGAUUCUUAAUUUUAUAUUGACUCCGAUUUUGUAAUUUUAUAUGCGAAAGGCUUUAAAAUAUUCAUGAUGAAUUGAUGAAAUGUAAGAUAAUAAAAUUAUGAAAAUAAUGGAAGACAAGUUAUCUAGGAAAAGUCAUCGUAAACAAAAACGAGCUUACCAUAGGCUUUUAAGAGACAUGAAUAUUAAAUGUUGUGAUAAUCCAACAAAGUAUAUGAUGAUUUGUAAUGCUGGUUUAAUGACUGGAUUACAAAGAGAAACAUUGCAAAAUGUUGUAGAUCCAUUGGUCAGUAAAUAUGAUUUAGUAAUGUUACCAAAUAAAUCAUAUUGCUUUAUUAAAUUUUAUUCUAUAAACGAUGCUGAAUAUGUAUAUAAUAAAAUUCAUGGUCAAAUUAAACUUGAAGGACGAAAUACACCUUUGUAUGCAUCAUUUACAGAAACAGAUCCUAAAUUAGAUUACUAUCAAUUAUCUUCUGAUCUUCCUCCUGGGCUUAGAAUGAUAGAAAAUUUUAUAACGGAAAACGAAGAAAAGGAUUUGUUAAAUACUCUGAAUUGGAAUAACAAAGUAUCAAAAUCAUCAGACUUAAAACAUAGAAAAGUGAAACAUUUUGGAUACGAAUUUGAAUACAAUUCAAAUAAAGUAAAUUCUGAUAACCCAAUUGCACCUAUUCCUGAAAGUUAUCAAUUUUUACAAGCACGAUUCAGAAAAUAUGAUAUUCCACAUGAAUAUGAUCAGUUAACAAUUAAUCACUAUCUGCCUGGUCAAGGAAUUCCACCACAUAUUGAUACACAUAGUGUCUUUGAAGAUACUAUAUUAUCUUUGUCAUUGGGUUCAGCAUGUAUUAUGGAUUUUAAACGAAAAGAUAAAAGAAUUUCUGUUCUUUUACCACCGCUUUCAUUGCUAAUUCUGUCAGGAGAAGCUCGAUAUGCAUGGUCACAUGGAAUUUGUCCGAGGCAUAAUGAUGUAAUAGACUCUGUAAAUGGAAUUACAACACAGCCACGCAACACAAGGGUAUCGUUCACAUUUCGUAAAGUGAAAACAGGUUCUUGUUGUUGCACUUUUCCAGAAUAUUGUGACACAAAAGAUAACUGUAACACUACUUUCAUUGAUGAUAAGACAGCUAGAGGAAUAGAAAAUUCUUAUGUUCAUGAAGUUUAUGAAAAUAUUUCAAGUCAUUUUGAUGAAACAAGACAUAAUCAGUGGCCGAAUGUGUCAAAAUUUCUUCAGUCAUUAAAUCCAGGUGAUAUUCUUUUAGACAUAGGUUGUGGAAAUGGCAAAUAUCUCCAUGAACACGAACAUAUAUUUAAAAUUGGAUGUGAUCGAAGUCAAAAUUUAAUGAAAAUAUGUCGUAACAAGAAUUUUGAAGUCUUUUUAUCCGACUGUUUAUACUUGCCAUACAAAAAUAAUAGUUUAGAUGCUGUAAUAAGUAUAGCAGUAAUUCAUCAUCUCUCAACGCACGAAAGAAGAAAACAAGCAAUUUCUGAAUUAGCACGAGUUCUUAGACCAAAUGGGAAGUGUUUAAUAUAUGUAUGGGCAAAAGAACAAGAAGUGGAUUCUAUGCAAACAGCUUAUUUAAAAUAUAAUACAACUAAAAAGAAAAAUAAAUCUUUGUAUAAACAAAAAUUGACAGAGUAUGGUGUAACAUUACCAAUCCACGAAAAUCGUACAAAAUUCACAUCUACCGAUAUGCUUGUUCCCUGGAAAAGGAAAGGAGGAGGAGACUUCCUUAGAUAUUAUCAUGUAUUUCAAGAAGAUGAACUAGCACAAUUAUGUUCGGAAGUAGUUGGCUUUAUAAUGAAAGAUAUAUACUAUGAUCAAGGGAAUUGGUGUGCAAUUCUACAAAAAAAGUGA